AUGGCCUACAGGAAGGUGUGCGAUUCUCAGGGGGGCCCUCUGGUGGGGGAAGCCUGUCCAGGGGCGCUGGAGCUGGACUGGGAUCUGGACAAAGAAGAGCUCCCUGAGGCCGUACCAGACCGGGAGAGGCUGCAGAUGCAACAUGUGGACUGUCCAAGAGCAGAGCCAGGUCCAGACCCAGACCCAGAGUUCAUGGAGCCCAUGCCGCCGUCUGUGUCCGUCUCUCCUCACGGACGCUUCGAACGACUUCAGGAAGAUCCAAACUACAUCUCCCACUUCACCCGAGCCCCAGGGAACAAGGGCCAGAGGAGGCUGCACUGCUUCCUGCUCAGGCAUUUCGUAGUUGGCGCUGCUCUGUUUGUCCUGGGCCUCCUGAUUGGCUGGUUCCUGCACUCGCCCCCGUCCGUCAAAGCUCAAGCCCUCCCCCCUGAGAGCUCUGACCUGCUGGACGCGCUGCUCACCAGGAUCACAGCCGAUAAGAUAGAAGCUCUGCAGAGGUCAGUGUGUCACGACUUCUACAUCUUUGCAUUUUGUUUCAUUGUAUAA